AUACCCAAGGGUCAAGUUUCAACUUACAAAUAUAUCGCGGAUUUUCUUCGGAUUUCUCCCCGCGAAGUAGGUCAGGUGCUGAAAGAGAAGGAGAAAAAGUAGCAACCAAACGCAAAUUGUUGUCGGUCGAAGGCGUAUUCUUCGAUAAGCAAGACAUAAGAAGACUUCAAAAUCUCGAGAGAGGAGAACAACAAUUUCUAUCAAAAAUUAUAAGUAAUAAUAAACUAAAUUAUUUAGCGAUUGCUGAUUAUUAUCCUUACGAGAUUACGGAAUUUUUUAACUUAUGCAAAGCGAAAAAAAUCAAACCUAUUUGGGGAGUGAAAAUAUUUCUCCAAGAAAAACCGGCCGGCAAAAAAAUUUCUGCCACGCUUUAUCCCCAAAAUAAUAAGGGCUACAAGGAAGUUAUUCAAAAAUUAUUUGCUCCUGAUUCUCCCCCUGACCGAACUUUUUCUCCCAUUCACAUCCUUUCCACUUUUAGCAAAAAUUGUCUGAUUGUUUUAGAGGCCCAAAAAAUAGAAGAAAUAAAGCACCUAGCCGCUCAAUGA